GUUCCUUCUCAGUCCCUCGGCGAUCGGUGCGCUUGUCGGGAGGCUGUCUUCCCGGAGUUUCUUGCCCGGCUGUGUGUGCGUUUGAGGCAAUUUGUCAGGCUUCUUCAUCGUCGUUAGGGUCCUCGGUUCCUCGAGCAGCUUGAGAGGAGCGGCGGUGGCAGCUUCGUUCAGCGGACGGAGCGACAGCGGACGGAGUGGCAUUGGCUGGCUGAGUUUUGCUUGGGGCUGGGUGUUCGGCGUGGGGAGGUCUGAGCGGUUGGAGGUGGGGGGUUGUGUGUUUUGCUCCUGCUUAUUGUGUGUUUCACACAUAUAUAUUGCAGGAGCCUGGGGUUUAGAGUAGUAAAGCUGCAGUGCUGCAGUUUUAGCUCUAAUCACAGGCUGAGACAGAUCCCGGUGGAGGCUUGGGUCAGGUGUCGGGUUUUAGGUUGCAUUGGUCUUCCUUGACCCUGGGGGCGGUUGGCCAUUGGUGUUAGGGGGGAGGUAGAGUCUGUUGAACCCCCCACCCCCCCACUUCGUCCUUAGUUAUAGUGGCUUAGCUUGAGGCUGUGUGGUAGCUGGGGCUGCUGCUGGGCAGUUUUGAGCUGUUGCCAGGCAGUUUAGGGCUGUUGCCAGGCAGUUUUGGGCUGUUGCUAGGCAGUUUUGGGCAGCCAUUUUAGGUCCCUUAGGGAAGGGGCAGAAAGGCAGUUGGGUGGCCAUUUUGAGGUGCCUUUUAUAAGGAAGAUAAGCGUGGCCAUUUUGGUGGUUGUCUGGGUGGCAGUUCUUGGAAAAAAUGGCUGGGGGUAAAGGUUCAGGCAAGUCAAAAGGUAAGAAGCCUGCACCCAGACCAUCUAAAGCGCCUGCUAGGAGGCCACCACCUCCAUCCUCUUCGGAUGAUGAGGAUGAAGCGGUUGUGAAUUAUAAUAUUCUGAGCAGGCUGCAGGCCUUGGAGCAGGCGUCGGGUGUCCCUUCCUUGAGUGGGGGUGGAGAUGUGAGGCAAUCCAAAAAGGCGAGGCAGGCUAAUAUUCUCACCAGGUUGUCUAUUCUUGAGGGCAGGUCUGGUGGAGUCGUGCCUGGCAUGGAUGCCAGUUCCUUUGGCCCUGAUGCAGGUUUGGUGGAGGCGGCGGGGACGUCGGGCAUCGGUUUGCCGGUGACGCCUGCUGGACUUGGAGAUGCUGCUGUUCCUGGCCAGAGGAGCCGGAGCCGAGUUCUCAUCUGCGGCCAUAGCUACGUGUUUUGGGCUGCUCUUCAAGCACGGAGAACUGCGGUCGGCUCUCAGCUGGGACUCAGCCAGCAUGCAGUUAUCGAAUGGCAGGGGCGUCGGGGCCUUCAGUGGCCGGGCUUGCUGCCAUUGUUAUUUAAGGGUAGAGCGGGUCCUCCUCCUCAGGUUUUAAUGGUUCACCUGGGAGGUAAUGAUCUGGGGUUAUUGAAGGGUAAGGCCUUGGUGUGGCAAGCCCGUGAUGACUUCCAGUGCAUUAGGGAGCGAUGGCCGGAGACCAUUAUAGUUUGGUCAGCCAUGCUGCCCCGCCAGGUGUGGCGUUAUGCUUUGGACCCCGCAGCCAUAGAGAGAGCCAGGUAUAAAGCCAACAAAGAAAUCAAAAAAUUACUGGAGAGGGGAUUGGGCUUCAGCGCUAUUGCUGAAGCCCCGUCUGACGCCGUGCAGUCCUCUCGGCGUUUUCGGAAGGGCUGGGAGCGUGUUUGCACGCUCCUAGUGUUUGAGGGCUGUGUUGGCCGGGAGGCUGGGGAUCGUCGCGUGGAUCGGCGGAGCUGA